CCCCUUCUUCUCUCCCUCCAUUUUCUCGGCCAAAGGAAGGAGGGGUGGGAAAGGGGGUGCGCUCGGCGCAGGCGCAGUGCCCCGCUCUAGCUGCGGAUGGAGCCGCUGCAGAAUGGAAGCGGAAGGAAGGACGCGAUGGCGACGCCGCCGACGCCGCCAUUGCCAGCCACGGCCAAGGGGAGCCAAACCGGUCGACAGCGCGCCGGCGGAGGCGCCUCAGGCCGGACGGAGGCCGACAAGGGCCUCGAAAGGGAACGCACGGGCUCCUCCUCUUCGCGGCCGCGCCUCGACUCUCUCCGCAAGAGCCGCCCCCCAUUUCCUUGGUUUGGCUUGGAUAUUGGAGGGACCUUGGUGAAGCUUGUUUAUUUUGAACCAAAAGACAUUACCACGGAGGAGGAGGAAGAGGAAGUGGAGAACCUGAAAAGCAUUCGGAAGUACUUGACUUCCAACACCGCUUAUGGAUCUACCGGAAUUCGGGAUGUGCACCUUGAACUAAAGGACCUUACGCUGUGUGGACGUAAAGGCAAUCUGCACUUUAUACGCUUUCCUACUCAUGACAUGCCUGCUUUUAUUCAAAUGGGCAGCGAAAAACACUUCUCAAGCCUCCACACCACCUUAUGUGCCACAGGAGGUGGAGCAUAUAAGUUUGAGCAGGACUUUCGCACAAUGGGAGACCUUCAGCUUCGCAAAAUGGACGAACUCGAUUGCCUUAUCAGAGGAGUUUUAUACAUUGAUUCGGUUGGAUUCAAUGGACACUCAGAGUGCUAUUAUUUUGAAAACCCAACUAAUCCUGAAAAAUGUGAGAAGCUCCCCUUCAAUUUGGAGAAUCCCUACCCUCUCCUUCUGGUGAACAUUGGCUCAGGUGUCAGCAUCUUAGCUGUAUAUUCCAAAGACAAUUACAAGCGAGUGACUGGGACCAGCCUUGGAGGAGGAACCUUUUUUGGCCUGUGCUGCCUUCUGACUGGCUGCUCCACUUUUGAAGAAGCUCUUGAGAUGGCAUCUCAUGGGGACAGUACCAAAGUGGACAAAUUAGUGCGGGAUAUUUAUGGAGGUGACUACGAAAGGUUUGGGCUGCCAGGCUGGACUGUAGCAUCCAGCUUUGGAAAUAUGAUGAGCAAGGAGAAGCGAGAGGCAGCGAGUAAGGAAGACCUGGCAAGAGCAGCUUUGAUCACCAUCACCAACAACAUUGGCUCUAUAGCUCGGAUGUGUGCACUUAAUGAGAACAUUAAUCGAGUGGUUUUUGUGGGGAACUUCCUGCGCAUCAAUACAAUCUCAAUGAAGUUACUGGCCUAUGCCUUGGACUACUGGUCAAAGGGACAGUUGAAGGCCCUUUUCUUGGAACAUGAGGGUUACUUUGGAGCAGUUGGGGCUCUUUUGGAGCUUCUUCAUUCAUCCUGAUCUUCUUUGGGGUCAGGAGGCUGCUGGGAACUUCUAUACCAAAGGGAACAUCUGCUUCCAUUCAGCUUUAUUUGUAAAAGUGUCUGCCUGUUUGACAGGUCAAGGGGAGUAACUGUGAGUAACUCAUUAAUCAGUGCAGAGAAAGACAGAGUUAUUUUUUUAAAGGGUAAAACUAAUCUGUAUAUAAAAAGGUUUGCAAAUAAAUAAAUUUAUAUAUGCAGGUGUGUGAACUGGAUGUGUCUGUCACAACUGUUAAAAUGCAUGUCUAGUUAAUCUUUGCGUUGCACAGCUUUUGCAACAUACACCGUGAGAGGGAUGGAGGAGAGAGUAAGUGCACACAUAGCUUGAUGCAGGUUGCACUCUGCUGAAAACUUUGAAGAGCUCUUUUGUUUACUAAUCUUGUGUGACCUUGAAGAGUUUUGUGUGAAUUUUUAUACUAGCACCGAGAUGUGUGAAGUAUUGGGAGGGAAAAAACACGUUCAGUAUUAAAUCAUUUUUUUUAAAUUGGAA